AUGUCUAUUGUAUUUGAGAAUUCUAAUUUUCUUUCUGAAGAACAAAGUCGUUCUUUAUUUAGUAAACUUCUAAUAUUUUCCCAAGUAACCGGUGUUCUGGCUUUUCUUAGUUCUGCAUACUGGAUGGGAAAUUUUGAUGAUGGAGGUUAUGGAUGGAAUGAUGAUCCAGAAAAACAGUUUCAUUAUCAUCCUACUUUCAUGACAAUGGGAUUUAUAUUUAUGUAUGGAGAAUCAAUAAUUAUAUAUAGAGCAUUAAGAAGUGAACCAAAAAGAAUAACAAAAUUGGCACAUCUUUGUAUUCAUACAGUAGUAAUAAUUUUUGUACUUGUGGCUAUUAAAGCAGUUUUAGAUUCUCAUAAUUAUCAUAAAGAUAGUGAUGGUAAUUUGGAUCCAAUACCAAAUUAUGUUUCAUUACAUUCAUGGAUUGGUGGUACUAUUGUUUUAUCAUAUAUUGCACAAUAUAUUGUAGGAUUUUAUACUUAUUUUAUACCUGGAGCUAGACAAUCAACAAGACAAUAUUUAAUGCCAUUUCAUCAAUUAUUUGGACUUAUUAUUUUUAUAAUUGUUUGUAUAAAUGCAUUAGUUGGUAUAUCUGAAAGAGCUGCUUGGAAACAUACAUGUUGGACUAGAGAUAAAGAAUUUUGUGGAAAACAAGUUUUAAGUAAUUUUCUUGGCAUUUUUAUUAUUUGUUAUUGUGUAAGUGUUGUAAUAAUUAUAUUAAAUCCUAGAUGGAAAAGAAGACCAUUACCAGAAGAGGAAACAUUACAUAGAUUAAGUGAAUUGGAUUAA